GCGAUCCUUCCCACUCGUGGGAAAGGUUCAGUCAGUGUUUGGCAAUGAAAUGGUGCGCUCGUACAUCAUACUUCUUAGUACCGCUUUAGUCACAGUUUGUGAGUUUGUGUCGAGUAAGCUGACGACCGUGCCGAACGAUCAUGGAGAACGAUCGGCACGCGCCUUCUACCGGUCGCUGGACGAUAAUGGGUACAGCCCUACGCUGGCGCUCAUCCUGCAGGAUUACAUUCUGAUCAACAGCACCGGUACGGUCACCUGGAGCAAUCCGGCCUUCGUCUACUACGAUCAGCAGCUGAUCGAGGCCAUUCAGCAGCAGCUGGAGGUGGAAAGUGCGCAAGAUUCGUACGAUCCGCAGCAUCAGUUGCAGGCGGAUCACGGGUCAUCGUUGCUACCACCACUGUACGGUGGACUUAAGUUUCUCACCUACUACUGUGGCCCGGGCAAUUGGUCCACCGACGGAAGUACGGUACAGAAUGCGUACUUUUCCAGCAUCGAUCAGUGCUGCAAACAGCACGACGAAUGUCCGGACACCAUUGUCGAGCGUAGGGACUACCACCAGUAUGAGGAUCUGCCCUACAAACCGCAAAUAUUCACCAGACUGCGGUGUAAUUGUGAUGUCGAGUUUCUAAGAUGCCUGCAAAACAUUUCCACCUUCUUCUCCUAUGCUGUAGCGUGGAUUUACACCAAGUUCCAGCACAAUUGCUUCGACUACGAGCACCCGGUGAUGGAAUGUACCGCGAAGAAAAAUGAUGGGUUAUUCACCGCGGAUCGCUGCUUAACAUACAUGGUGGACAAUUCGAAUGUCAAACGAUGGCAGUGGUUCGACAUUCCCUACCUUAGCUCGAAUCAGUUCAUUUUCCCCGAGGUGGAAUACCGGUACGAGCUGGACUGGUUUAAUAUACUUUUCGAUCGUAAGAUCUCCUCUAAGCCAUAG